UAGCACAAGCAAGAAAUAACACUGAGCUACCAAUGAUUAGCCAACCCCUGAGCUGUUUUAAAUGAAUACAUAUUUUAUUCAAACUCACCACGUUCCUUUGGCUAGACUUAAACACUAGCAGGCACUAGUUUCAUUCUCUGGUAUUGACAACAAGAAUGUCAGCCAGCAACAGUUCGAGCAUAUCCGAGCCACAUCCUCUGUCGAUAGCCAAAUCCCAACGUCUGCGUAAAUGGAAACAACAACUCCUAUUCAAUGUUGAAUCACCGGAUGGUACAUCGGGUACCAAAGUUACCGGCUUUGUAGAUGGGGGAUCUGAUGUGUCCAUGAUAUCGAAAAAGAUAGCCAAGAAAGCUGGACUUGAAAUAAUACCGCUUAAACCUGAGGCGAGGCCAGAUCUCGAAGGGCUUGAAGGCCGCUUAUUAUGUCAACCAAUUGGAUUCGUUUAUGCAAAGAUAAGGCAGGCGGAUCUAAGUCUUGAUACAACUGCAUUGGCUUUUUAUGUUGUUGACGUUAAGAAAAUACAAAUUUUGCUGGGGAGUGAGUUCGGCCAGGAGUACGGUAUCGAAUCGAAAAUAUACGAAGCAGUCGAAAAUGAGAUCGACCCCGUAGACUGGGACAGGGACCGUCCAACCUGCCACAAUGUUUGCGUUCUCUUCGAUGCACGUAGCAAAGGUCGCCAACGAAAAGAAGAGGAGCAAACACAACAGCAACGCAAACAACACAGCGAACAAGUAUUGCUGGCAAUUGAAGCAAUGAAAACCCAACGGAACCUUCAGGCCAGUCAGUCAGCGAUGGGCUCUUACGGAGGUUCUGCCAGCUUUCCUUCUACAAUCUCGUCGCUGUCAGCCUCCUCAGCAUACUCAAACUUCACGGGCUCGUCAGCUUCGACUGCCCCAUCUUCGUGUGACGCGACCCAGACAGGAACUGUCAACACUGGUCAGAAGUCAUAAGUUGACGAGACAAUAUCCCUAUCAGAGAUCAUGCCAUAUCGGAGUUGGGCCCACUAGAAUUUUGGCCUUAGCCUAAGACCUUCUCGUGGAUAACUCCAGAGAGUCACAUACAGAGAGUCUGAUCUAUGUAUACCAUGAUCAUGCACGGGGAGUUUCUGCAAUCGCCAGAUUCGCCUCGUCGCAACUCCCUCUCCCCUUGAGAUCUAGUUCUGUUUCAUACGUUGCUCAAUUCGUUUUCAACAACGUAUGUACACACUAGACUAUUCCAUUCUGGCGCUCUUUCGCGAGCGCAAGUAAUAGGUAGUCGGUGAUUCGAUCUUCAAUAUCGUCUCUGAUACCAUUGCUCUUGCUUUGAUUUCAUCAUUCC